UAAUAAUGUUCAGGUACGUUUAUAUUUACUAGAAAUAUAAAAAAAUAAGUAUUACAAAAUGUAUUUUUGAGAUUUCCACGUCCGGGUCGAUUGCAUGUCCCGCGCGUGGCGGCUUCUGAUUUGUAGUUCAAAUGAUUGACAGGCUAACUAUCCAAUCAGUGCAAGCCACAAUCCCGACUCAAAGGCUGACGCGGAAAACUACAAUCGCAUCCUUUWUCUGUCGCCGGCAUGUAAAUAAAACUUUGCUGUGCUUUGCAUAGAUAACGCUUUCUUUCAUUUAAUGUUAACAGCGACUCGUUUAGAUGUUUCAUUCAUCUGUAUCUCGUUAGAAAUUAGCCGAAAACUCGCUUGCUGAGAGAGGGAAGCGUGAUUCCUGACAUGAAAGUGUGUUUGAAUUUGGACUAAGAUGAUGCUGUGCGCCGGUCCGAAGCUGUGGCUCCUCAGGCUUUUGUUUUGURCAAUUCUUAUUUUACUUUUUCAAGUCAACGAGGCUAAAAAGAAAGAUCUGAAAAGCGCCUGUAGCACCUGCCGGCAAAUCACUGAAAACUUCAAUAAGGGCUUUGAAAGAACAGCAAAGCAGAACUUUGGUGGAGGCAACACAGCCUGGGAGGAGAGGAAACUGUCCAAGUAUGAGACGAGUGAGAUCCGUCUGGUGGAGAUUUUAGACGAGCUGUGUGAGACCAGCAGCUUUGAAUGCAACCGUAUGGUGGAGGAACACGAGGAGCACUUUGAGACCUGGUGGUUUCACAAAGUGUCAUGCUUCCUGCAAAACCUGCAGCGGAGCGACAAACCAGGACUGCGACGAGUGCAGGGAGGGCUGGGAGGAGGACGACCAGGAAGCCUGUGUUGAUGUGGACGAGUGCAACAAAGACCCUCCUGUGUGCAAAGAAGACCAACACUGCCUGAACUCUGAAGGCUCGUACUCCUGCAAAGCCUGCGACAGUGCCUGCGCCGGCUGCUCUGGACCUGGUUCUGAUAAGUGCCAGGCUUGUGCCAGCGGGUACCAAGACGUAGAGGGCACCUGCACAGACAUCGACGAAUGUUCGGGGUCCGAGCCCGCGUGCACCAAGGAGCACCAGGAGUGCGUGAACAACAAGGGCAGCUACGUGUGCUUCUGCUCCGCCGGCUACGAGGAACGAGACGGCGAGUGUGUCCAAACGCAGCGAGGAGAGUCAGCAGAGGAGCCAGAAAAACCACACAGUGAGCUUUGACGUCAAAACCGGGACCAAACGGAGCUUAUUUUAUUUUUUAUUUUUUUACCAUUUUCACCACAUUCACUUCAAAUCCCGGCUGCUAUAAAAUGUCCUGAAGAGGAUAAAAAAACAGAAAAUGGGACGUUUGUUGCUCUCAGUAUGGACCACUUUGAUUGUUGUGUUGUUGUAAAAGUCAAACGUUUCAAUAAAGAUGAAUUGUGUUAAUUUC